CAGAGAUGGCUACACGUAUAGUGGACAUGCUUGCGUGCUGACAUUGCUUCUAGACAGAAUGGACAAUGACCUGUGUCUGACAGUGCCACUUGUUGUUGGGGCUGUGAAGUCCAUCCGGCCAGAGGUCAUCCCAACUCUGGUAAUAUUUCUUAUUUAUAUGUUUACGACAAUUAAAUAUUAUGGUUGCAACAUUUUUGAAUAUUCUUACACGGAAUUAAUAUCAACUGAAUUUAUUUAAAUCUUUCUGCAAUUUACCUUAGUUAAUUACAUAAUGGCUGCAACUAUUUGCACCCGGGUACCAGAAGUGAGAGGUUGGGAUUAAAUUAUUAUUUAAAAUAUUACUGUUGGGUUUGUAAGACAAAAUGAGGUAUCAAAUGAAAGAUAAUUGAAAGGACGAUAUGUUUGUAAACUUAAUUCUUUAUUUUAACUAAAAUAAACUACCUCAAAUGACAUGCGAAUGUGAUUUAGUCUAAAGGACCCGGGUAAGCAUAGCCGCCAUCGGACCCGGGUCCCUUUAGACUAAAUCCAAUUCGGAUAUUCUUUGUUGUUCUUUAUUUUAGUUAAACGGAAGAAGUAAGAUUACAAACAUAUACACCAUUAAAUUAUCUUGCAUUUGAUACCUCAUUUUGCCUUACAGACACAACAAGAAUAUUUUUAAAAAAAAAUUUAAUCCCAACCUCUCAUUUCUGAUACCCGGGUGCGAAUAGCAACUUCGUUACAUACUAUUAAUACAGAAUAAAAAUAAUACAAUGAAUCCUAAAUUUGUUAAGAUAUCUAAAUAUGAUCGUUUGCAUAAAUGUUUCUCUCUUACAAACGCAGGAACAAUACAGAUCGCUGUAUCUAGUGCUACAAGCUUACAAUGAAAGGAAAACUAAAAUGAAGAACAAUACUGCAAACAUCAGUUGA